GACGGUCAUUCCCCGCGUUUCGAGGACCAACAAAGAUAACACGAACUUUCGGAUCCGUGAAACAAGAAGUUUUUAACCUACUACAAUUGAUAUAAAUCAUUUGAAAGAUAUCAACCGUUCUAAGACGUUGAAAAGAAACGACGCGUGAACUAAAAGAAGAAAGUGAAGAAAUGGCCACCGUGCAGUCUCCUCCGGAAAUUAAUCUGACGUCGGCCCUGCCCGUGAAACAAGAGAACGAUUUAGAUUUGGUCGCAUUAACAAUGGCGGCUUUACGCCUUGUAAAUCCCUGGUCUGUGGACACCUCAAACAAAUGGUCGCAGCGUAUCGAACCAGGAACUCCUGAAGCAAAAGAUCGCGUUAUCACUUUGGCAGAAGUGUCUCUACACGAUACCCCUAAAGAUUGUUGGGUAGUCAUUUACGAUAGGGUCUAUGACAUCACGGAUUUUCUCGAUGAGCAUCCUGGUGGAGAUGAGAUUAUGUUAGAAUACGCUGGACGAGACGCAAGUACCGCUUUUAGGAGUUCGGGGCACUCUAGGAUAGCCACUAAAGCGCUGGACCGCUUUUUGCUUGGAGAGCUCCCGAUACACGAACGCAUGUAUCGCCGACCUGGAGGCAUUCGUCUUAGCGAUAUACCUGAAUGAAACAUUUUAGCGUUUCAUAUUUUUUUAUUCUUAGUUUUAUAAGCUACAUUGUUCAAACCUUAUUUAAUUGUUGCUCAGCUUAAUUAUCGCAAACUCUUAUCGUGUAAACUUUCACAUUAAUAAGUAAAUAAAUUAUUAAAUAUAGUUACUGUUAAUAGGGCGACCAUCGUGUCUCGAGAUAAGAACCUUUGUAAAGAUUUUGCCAGUAUUAUCUGGUAUAUGAAUAGAAUGUGGUAUCACAUUUUGCAUUUAUUAAGAAUUGCUUAGUGUAAAAAUAUUGCUCUCAUCAGUAUUAUGUAUAUGUGUUUUCACACUUUCUUUUAUGUCCAUGUAUUUGUAUUUCAAAAGUUCCUAUAUUUUAAGUCUUCUUAUUUUAAAAUAAAAAUGCUUUUAAAUGUCA